AUGUCAAAAGCGAAGGACACUGGAGAUCUUGAAGAUCGAUAUAAGCGAUUAGCGCAAUCCAAUGCCCGCAAGGAUCAACUCUGUAAAGAACAAAAGACCAAGCUGACUCUGACUGAGGAAGAAAACAAGAAAAUGAUUGCUGUUGUUUGUACAUUGAAACAAAAAAGUAAGGAACUAAUUCAAGAGAUGCAACGAAUAGAGACUGAAGGAAAAAACAGAAUUGCAGAGCUGGAACAAACGAUUCAAGAUCUUCGAGCAGAGAAUGAAAAGAAGGAUGAGGAUAUUUCGCAACUGAGGAGGGAGUUAAAGGAGGUCACUAAAGGAUCUCAAAACGAAUUGACAUCCAAAGACACUCUCAUCAAUAAUUUGGAAAAGGAGAUCACGUCGGUACGAGAACAAAAAGACCAUGAAAUUAUGCUGCUGAUCAAAAGAAUUGAACAACAAAAACAAGCAAUUAUGGAAUACAUUGAAAAAGAAAAGUCAAGAGAUGUCACGACCACCAUCAAUAACAAUAGUAGCGUCGAUACUGACAAUAGUUGUGACCGAUCGUGUCCACUUCCCUUCCUGUCUGCUUCAGAAUACGAAGAUAUUAUGAGUACCUUAAGGAAACCUUCUCUUCAUUUGCUCAAACAACAAAUUCUGUAA